GGCUGGUGCGGGAGUUACUGAGGGAGGAGGCCCCGUUCCGUAUCGCCGCCCUCACCGAAGAGCUUUUCCAGGCGGCGGGCAGCCUUUCUGAGAAGGACGGGAGCGCGGCUGAAGUCGAAGAGGAUGCAGUAAGCCUGUGGAACUGGGCUGUGACUAAACACACGGGUUGUGUUCUCAGUGAUGAGCAAAGAGCUAAACUACGGUUUGUUGCUUGCAGACUGCUGUGCCUUUGUGAAGGCAGUGAUCCUUCAGAGGGAACUAUUCGAAGACAGAUUUUGAUGUCUAUGAAAACUGGGAAAGGAUGGAUAGAUAUUGGAAAAGCAGAUCUUGCAGAUGAAUUUCUAGAGGUUGCCAUGAAUAGUAUAGAAAAACUCUAUGCAAAGUUACUUAAGGGGAGCGAUGGUGAAGCAGAUAUUCAUGUGCACAAAGCUGAUGUGGAGAAGAACAUCUUCAAAGUGCUCUCUUAUCAGGCUGAAUCAGCAGUUGCUCAAGGGGAUUUUCAGAAAGCGAUGCUGUGCAUGCAGCGCUGCAAAGAUAUGUUGAUGAAAUUGCCAAAAGAGGCCUGUUACCUGUCAAUCCUCUGUUACAACUUUGGAGUGGAAACCUAUGAAUGGAAGAGGUAUGAGCAGAGCUCCUUCUGGCUCAGGCAGAGUUAUGACAUUGGGAAGAUGGACGUGAAAUACUCUAUUGGCAAAGAAAUGCUGGCCAAAGUGCUGCGAUUGUUAGCUACAGCCUAUUUCGAGUGGGACUGCCAUCAGUAUCUUGACAAGGCACUGAAAGCCAUAAGCUUGGCAAAUCAGGAGAAUUUGCAUCCAGCGGGGCUUUUUUUGAAAGUUAAAAUUCUUCUUAAAAGUGGAGCGUCAGAUGAAGAUGUCAACUCAGCUGUUGCAGAAUUCCUGCACCAUGAGAUGUCUUUAGACUUUUGUUUGAAUACUGCCAAACUGCUGCUGGAGCAUGGAAGGGAAUCAGUUGGUUUUGAUUUUCUGAAAUCCAUUCCUGAACGAUUUGAAUCUUCACCUGACCUUGGAAAAAUUACCCUGCUCCACAUUGAGUUCCUGUUGCAGAAUGAGAGGGAGCUGCUUGCUAAGCAAAAGGUUGAAGAAAUUAUUAUAGGUCAUUAUACUGGGAAACAGCUGUUGCCUGAAGCCUUGAACCGGCUGCACCUCAUCUUGUGGGACAGAGCUGCCAGACAUUAUGAGGCAAAAAGCUAUUCUGAAGCUCUUCAGUGGUACAAUUAUUCUGUUAGCUUCUACACACCUGGGCAAAUAGAUCAGAACUUGGCUAAGCUGCAGAGGAACAUAGCUUCUUGCUAUCUUCAUCUGAAACAAGUUGACAAGGCUAAAGAGGCAGUUAAAGAAGCAGAGAGGUGCGAUCCAAACAGCAUCUUUACUAAAUUCAGUGUCUAUAAGAUUGCAGUGAUGGAGAAAGAUACUGAUAAAGCUAUGGAAGCAGUUAUUGAAAUGGGGAAGGUAUCAGAAAAGCCGUCUCAACAUGAAGACAAGCUGAGAAUGGAUGAAAAUGCAGGCACUAACCUCCUGAGUUUAGCUGCCCAAAUUGCUUUAGAGAAUGAACAACAAGUUGUGGCUGUCAAAGCUUUGGAGUAUUUGUCUGAACAUUUGCAAGACUGCCGACAAUUAUUUGCAGCUUUAAAAUGUUUGGUUCGUCUUACGUUGUCAAAGGUCAUGGCAGAAAAUGAAGAGAAAAGAGAUGAAGAUAUCAACUCUAUGCUGUCUUACUUGACAUUGGCUCACAAGAGACUUGCUGAGUCUUUCACAGACGACGAAUUUACAGGGGACAUGAGGAUCCUUGAAGCUCACUGGUUUAGAAAAGUUG